AUGAGUCUUCCUGACGAAGCAAACAUCAUCACCGGCGGUUGCUCAUGCGGUGCAAUCCGCUAUCGCCUAGCAGUUCCGUCCAUCCAGGACCGUCCCCAACAUCCCAUGUCUCCGCCUUCUUCUGGUGUGCGCCUCCCGCAAGCUCUCACCUGCCACUGCAACGACUGUCGUCGUGCCACCGGUUCUUCGCUGGCCGUGAGCGUCAUUGACAUCCCGGGCCCGAUGCUGACCGUGUCGGCCCUCUCCUCGUCAUCCGAAUCUACCAUUGUUUCUGGCCGAAUCUUGGACGUCAUGGCCGAUGACUACGACGCUGAAAAAGCCGAUUCUAAUCGGCCUCCAUAUAUCCCCGCCAUGGAUGUCCUUCGAGCUACUCAAGAGAGCAAGACAUGGGUGCGUUUCUUCCAUAGCAUCGAUUGCGGACCUGACUGGUCUCGUAGCUUCUGUGGUCGUUGUGGAACUCCGGUUUGUUUCCACUUCCAUCUGCUGCCUGAGUUCUGUCACGACGGAAAUGUACCUGAGGAUGUCACGGACUUAUUUCAUGUUAACCUGGGGACGGUGGACCGGAAGUUCUUGGAUCUCAACUGGUUCGCUCCUAAUGUUGAAGUCUACUUCAAGAAUGGCACGCCAUUCAGUAAGAUGGUUUCUGCGACAGCCAAAGGACUCAAGAAUGUUACCAAGUUGCAGGAGUUUGAUGGAGUGGUGGAGUAUAAGGAGCUGGAAGAACUGGGGGCGUAA